CACAUCGACCAAUCAGGAAAGCGAAUUGUGUAUACUUCAUUUCCGGUAUAUUUGAUCAGCGUUUGGGAAGAGAAAUGGAGGGAGGGAUGGCGCGGUAUUUAAAAGAGUGCCGUGUGUCUUGCAAAUACUCAUGGGAUGAGUUGCAGGCUCUUUGUCGCAAACAGAAAUUAGUGUGCAAGCAGCUGGCUGUGGCUGAGGACGACUUUAAUGACUAUGUGGUGGAUUAUCUGUGUAAUUAUAAAAAAAUAAAGAGUAAGGAGUACUUCCUGGUGAAGUGGAAAGGUUACUCGGAGUCUGAGAACACAUGGGAACCACAUAAAAAUCUGAAAUGCCCCCAGAUCCUCCAGCAGUUCCGGCAGGACAUGUGUUUAGCAUUGCUUUACGCUAAAAUCCCACCAGAUUCGAGCUCAUUGGAUGCCUCUGCAGUUUCCUUCAUCCUCCAGAGGGCCAAGCAGCGUGUGAAGCUGCGUCGCUGGGAGGAAGACCUGAACCGAAUCUGUCAGCACAAGGGCCGCAUUUUUGUCAGGAAUGAUGUAGACCUGGAUGGCCCUCCUAGAGACUUCAUCUACAUCCACAACUAUAAGAUCGGUAGCGGUGUGGUGCUCAAUGAAGCAGCACUAGGGUGUGAAUGCACGGACUGCAUUAACGAACCUGUAAACGGCUGCUGUGCUGGGGCAUCAGAUAACCUUAUAGCUUACAAUAACAACAUGCAAGUAAACAUCCAGCCUGGGAUGCCCAUAUACGAAUGUAAUUCAAGUUGCCAAUGUGGGAUAGACUGCAGAAACAGAGUUGUGCAGAGGGGCAUCCAGUAUGACUUGUGCAUCUAUAAGACAGCGAAUGGAAGAGGCUGGGGUGUGCGCACACUUGAGAAAAUUCCCAAGAACUCUUUUGUCAUGGAAUACCUUGGAGAGAUCAUCACCUCAGAGGAGGCUGAGAGAAGAGGACAGAUGUAUGAUCAGCAGGGUGUCACCUACCUGUUUGAUCUGGAUUAUGUGGCUGAUGUCUUUACUGUGGAUGCUGCUCAUUACGGAAAUAUUUCCCACUUUGUCAACCACAGUUGUAACCCGAACUUGCAAGUGUAUAACGUUUUCAUUGACAUCUUGGACGAACGCCUUCCCAGGAUUGCUUUAUUUACGACACGAGCAAUAAGAGCUGGCGAAGAGCUCACUUUCGACUACAAAAUGACAAUUGAUGCAGUAGAUGCAGAAAGUACCAAAAUGGACACUAAAUUCAGCCUGGCAGGAAUAGCGGACACUCCUAUCAAUCGCAUUCGCAUUGAGUGCAAGUGUGGAGCAGAGAGCUGCAGGAAAUACCUGUUUUAAUUCUCCCUAGAAAAAGAGCAAAUCAUUGUUCCAGUUUGUGCACUUUCUUUUUUUAAUUGUUUUCAGAUGGCUCUCUGGUGUAGUUUUUAAUUUAUGUUUUUCAUUUACCUCUUAUUUCGACCCAAAUAAUGCAGAUCAAUAUCAUACCAUGCAAAGUAUAUGCAUUUUUUUAUUUGAUUAUCACAGCUUUCACUCCUUUUUUUUAUUUGAUUUAUAGUGAAAAUGCAUUAAUUUAUUCCUCCAAUCAUCCUUCAGAACCGCUGUGUCCUUGUUAAGGUCAUGAUAGAUCUGGAGCCUAUUCUAGGGAUACAUGAUUAGACACCAAUCUAUGACAGGGUUAUUGAUAAAAUGUGUUUUGAACAGUAUAUUAUACAAAAAACUGUCACUUGCAUAUUUUGAGGACCCAGCGUUCAUGACUACAUUCAUUUUCUCUGGAUUCCAUCAUCCAGUUUUGUCUCAUCUCCCAGAAAUACAGGUUGGUAAAUUGGCUACACUAAAAAAAACACCUGGUUGUGAAUGAGUGUGAUGCCUAUCAAGGGUGUUUUUUAGCUCUGUGUCUAUGGGCUCCAAACCCACCAUGACCCUAACAAACUGAUUACUCAAGUGAAUUAAUGAAAGAACAAAUAUUCAAGAUAUUUUGAUACCUUUUGUAAACUCAGGAACUUGUGAUGCUUGUAGAAAAGUUCUAAUAAAAGGCAUAUUUACCUCUA